GUGGUUCUUGGAAUUUUCCAUAAAAAAGCCAGCAAUAUUUCUUGGAGACAAAAGAGAAAAGGUUUUAAAAAGUUAUGUGAACACUUUUCAACCACUACAAAAGAUUUGAGUACUAUUUCCUUAAUCUUCAUCCAAACACCUGGCUAUUUUUAUUGUUUGUUUCUAGGGGUAGUUUGUUCAAUAUAUAUAAGCUAAGAUGAAGGGCUAAAGGGAAUGUCUAUAUUUCUCCUUAUCUGCGCACUAUUUGAAAUAGCAAAAGGCAAAAAAGGAUUCAAGAUACCUCAGUUCCCUUUAGCAACAUUUCAAAAUGUCUUCUUGCAACAUGAAAUAUCAGUUCACAUUGAUGCUGGUUUUCAUGUUGUGUGUAUUUGCAAAUUCAGACACUGAAAAGGACAAAGAAGAAUGUACACAAUCAUUGAUUGGUUUAGCAACAUGUUUGCCUUAUGUUACAGCUAAUGCACCAGCUCCUACACCAGAUUGCUGCACUGGCUUGAAACAAGUGUUGAAAGCCAGCAAAAAAUGCCUUUGUUUGCUAAUAAAGGACAGAAAUGAUCCUGAUUUAGGACUUAAUCUCAAUGUUACACUUGCUUUAAGCCUACCUUCUGUUUGUCAAGCACCUGCUAACAUUUCUCAAUGCCCUGCUCUUCUCCACUUGCCACCAAAUUCACCAGAUGCUCAAGUGUUCUAUCAAAUAAGUAAUGGUUCAAGUAGCAUUGCUAGCAGCCCACAAGCAAAUAGUCCCAUUCCUUCGGUUGGAUCUAGUCCCACGGGUGCCCCUGCUGGUGCAGCAAGUGCUCCUAAAUCUAAUGAUUGCUGUCACAUUGGAAAGAGAUGGUUUGGACUAGACGCAAUUGUUGGAGUUGUCCUCCUGUGGUCUUUAACUUCAAAUUCCUUCAUAUGAUUCUAAUUAAGCUGAUUUGUAUCGUAAUAAUAUAUUGGGCUAUCAUUUUGUUAAUGGAUUAUCCUUGUAUUCUUGUUAUACAUGCGUCUUGAUUGCCCUUCUAAUUUGAUAUUCACUACUCCCUUCGUUUCAA